CCAAAAAAAAAUUUUUUUUUUUUUUUUAAAAUUAUUAAUUUAUCUUAUAUGCAAUCCCAAAUUAUUAACUAGAAACCCACUUUUUUCUGAACUUUCUUUUUUAUUCAUGACUGAGAGGAAAUGCCAAUGAGGAAAAAAGAAAAAAAAAAAAAAAAAAAGCACAGAGACUUCAUAGAGAAGAAAACACAAGGGGGGAAAAAAAGCCAUUUAAUCACUUUGACUUACCACUUGGCUUUCGUUUCUCUGUUUUUAAUGCAUUCCUUGUCUGAUUUCACAGAGUUUCCAUUAUAGCAAGUGUAUUUUAUAUAGAUUUUAUUACUAGUGUGGAGGAUUGAGGAAUCGAACUGAUUGGUAUCACUGUUUGGAUUCCAAGAAAAUCAUUGUUGCUUUUUCUGGGUUGCUGUUGCGAAUACUCUAGCAGCGUGUUCUACUACUCUAUCUUUACUAUGAAUGUGUAGUCUAGAUUUUGUUUCCUUGUACAUUUUCUUCAGCCAUUGAAGGAAACUAGAUUCCUUUCAUUUUUUUCUUUUCUUACUUUUCCUUUUUCAAACUGAAAGAUCUAUUUUUGCUCUCUGGGUUGGCCUUGCUAUAGCAAAAUUUAUACUUUCCUUACUGGGAAAAUCUGUUUCCUUUGGUUGAAAGAUUGGAUUUUCUUUAUAUGAUCUGAGUUUGAAUUUACAAGAGACUUCACAGAUGAAAAUGGUGUUCAAUGAAGAGUUGGGCAGCAAUGCCAUUAGAUGGGUUGGAGAGGAUGGGGGUUCUAAGAAAAGAGAUAAUAGAAUUUCACAGUCAGCGCAAAGACAUCAGUGCGACCCGGUAGUCAACUUAACGAAGAAAGGAAGGGGAUUCAGAUUGCCUUCUCCGGCAAAAUUUGGAACUGGGUACGUUCCCUCAUGUGGGUUUGCUUCGGUUUCUCAAACCGAUUCGGACACGGAAAUAUGUUCUUCAGGCUCUGAGGAUGGGAUUAAUGGCGGUGGGAUGUACUCAGUUAUUGAGUCUUUCAAAGAUGAUGACAAAUUCAUGCACCUGAAAGAAGGAAAAGGUGUAGAGAAAUUGAAGAGGAACGGUGAUUCGAAACAGGUGAAAAGUCCUGAUUUUGUGAACGAUGAAUUGUUAGAUUCUGCAACAAGUACUGAAGUUUCGUUUACCCAAUUGGGAAUCCAGAAUUCUGGCUUUUCCCAAAGGGCUACUACACACACUUCUGAUGGUUAUUCUUCCGGCGUUACUUCAUGGGAAAAUCAGGAGAUUUUGGGAAGAGAAUUGCGGCAAAAGAAGCAACAUUACAUUAAUACUCCAAGUGCUCCUCCUUUGGUAGUUUUGGGUUCGGAAAUCAAUUCAACUGCUGACCAAAGUUCAUCAUCUCUGAAAGCACAUAACAAGCCCAAGUUUGGGAAUUUAAAUGAUUCUGUGAGCACAAAUGGUUUAAGCGAAGCAGAAGCUAUUCAUUCAGGAGCCACUGUCAUAUACAAUAUUGAAAUUUCUAAGCCAUCUUAUAGGACUGCUGCUGCUGCAGACAAGGGAUCUCCAGUUUCUUUACCUGCUCGCUUGCCGGCUUUUCGGUUGGUCAGCGAGCCAGGUACAUGGUGUUCUGUGAUUGCUUAUGAUGCAUGUGUUCGCCUCUGUCUUCACAAAUGGGCUAUGCAAAGUAGUCCUGAAGUCCACUGUUUCUUGGAGAAUGAAUGUGCAGUGUUGCGAGAUGCAUUUGGUUUACGGCAUGUAUUAUUACAAUCUGAGGAUGAGCUACUGCAAAAAAGAUCUGCAGAGCUGGUUAGUCAGGGAGCUGCUAAAAAAUCCAAGAAAAAUGUUGGAAAAAUAAAAGUGCAAGUCCGUAGAGUAAACAUUGGUUUGGUUCAAUCUUCUGGCUGCUUCUUAUUACCGCUGCCCUCAAUGAAAGCAUUAUCUUUUGCAUGGGGACCUGUAACAAAAGUUCGUCUACCUCGUGUUCCUGCAAAUGGUUCUUUUUCUGCUCGGAGCUCGGCAUUCGCAAAGGCUAGCACCAAGUAUGUGAAAGAGAUAUCUGGACGUUUGAAAUCUGGAGUAACAAAUGUACGCAGUGGUUCUUUAUCAUAUGAAGUAGUGCAAGAGACAUAUUCUUGCUCAUUGAGAUUGAAAGGUUCAUCUGAGGAGGAUGCCGUUAGAAUGCAACCAGGAUCUGGUGAAGAGCAUGUCUUCUUCCCAGACAGCCUUGGUGAUUAUUUGAUGAUUGAAGUGCAAGAUUCCAAGGCACAGUAUCAUGGUCGGGCUAUUGUUCAAGUGGCUGCUAUUGCUGAUAACCCAGGUGACAAACUGCGAUGGUACCCAGUAUACGUCGAUGCUGAGAAUGAACCUGUUGGAAGAAUACAGUUACAAAUAAACUAUUCAAUCAGCCAAAAUGAUACUAAUCAUCCUAAGUGUGGCUCUGUUGCAGAAACCAUGGCGUAUGACUUUGUCGUAGAAGUUGCAAUGAAGGCCGAAAAAUUUCAGCAGAGAAAUUUGUCUUUACAUGGUCCAUGGAAGUGGCUAGUGACUGAAUUUGCAUCUUACUAUGGAGUGUCCAAUGCAUACACAAAAUUAAGGUAUCUUUCAUACAUCAUGGAUGUGGCUACACCAACUGCAGACUGUCUCAACAUAGUAUAUGAUUUGCUAUCAGAUGUACUGUCCAAGGUCAACUGCAAGAGCAUGUUGAGUCAUCAGGAGAAUCGAAUGCUAGCUGAUAUUAAGGAACAAGUUAAAGACCUUCUUGCUUUAACUUUUGAGAACUACAAGUCUCUGGAUGAAUCUUUGCCAUCAGGAGUGAUGGAUGUUUUUAGGCCUGCCAGUAAAUUGGCAGCACCAGCUUUGGCCCCAGCUAUCAAUUUAUUCACUCUUCUACACGAUAUUUCGAGUCCUGAGGCACGAUUGAAAUUUUGCAGAUAUUUCCAGGUUGCUGCAAAGAAGAGGUUAUGUAGGCACUUGGCAGAAACGGAUGAUUUUACUUUGGGCAGCAAUGAGGUCAAAUUGACAGAUGUUUCGAUGUAUUAUGAGAAAAUGAAAUCUUUGAUUUUGAAUAUCAGGAAUGAAAUUUUCACCGACAAGGAAAUUCAUAAUCAGAAGGUCCUCCCAAGCUUUAUGGAAAUAGAACUUCCAAAUCUCUCUUCAUCCAUAUAUAGCGUGGAGCUCUGUGCUAGAUUGCAUGCAUUCCUCAUUGCAUGCCCUCCUCCAGGUCCAACUCCUCCUGUUGUACAGCUUGUUAUCACAGCAGCAGACUUUCAAAGGGAUCUUGCUUCCUGGGAUGUCAAGCCUGUCAAUGGUGGUGUUGAUGCAAAAGAGUUGUUCAACGUUUAUAUAUCUCAAUGGAUUCAAGACAAGCGUCUUCAUUUACUUGAGCUGUGCAAGGUAGAAAAGGUAAAAUGGUCUGGUGUCAGACCACAACGUUCAACAACUCCUUUUGUAGAUGAUAUGUAUGACCAUCUGAAGGAGACACUCAACGAAUAUGAAGUCAUCAUGUGUCGCUGGCCAGGAUAUGUAUCUGUUUUGGAGAAUGCCAUUGCAGAUGUUGAGAAAGCGGCGGUUGAAGCUCUGGAUAAGCAGUAUGCUGAUGUUUUGUUACCAUUGAAGGACAACCUGACAAACAAAUUAUUUGGCCAUAAAUAUAUACAGAAAUUAUCUAAUGGAACAGUUAACGCCUAUUUUGUCCCAGAUGAGCUAGGAAUUCUAUUAAAUUCAAUGAAGAGGUUGCUGGAUGUUCUCUGGCCGAAGAUAGACACCCAGUUGAAGUCUUGGAGUUCUUGCAUCCCUGAUGAUGGGCAUGCUGUCAAAGGGGAGUAUCUUAAUGAUGUUACAGUGACACUUAGAACCAAUUUUAGGAUUUACAAGAAAGCAAUUGUCCAGAAACUUGCAGAGAAUACUAGAGCACAGAACACAACAAAAUUGAAGGGCAUAAUCCGAGAUUCUAAAGAGGUAGAAUCGGAUUUACAAAAUAGAAUGCAGCCUCUAAAGGAUCUAUUGGUAAAAACAAUAGAUCACCUGCAUACUGUUGUUGAAUCUCCUGUGUUCAUAGAAAUCUGUAGGGAAUUAUGGGACCGAAUGGGACAGGAUAUUCUACAACUUUUGGUUGACAGGAAAGAGAAGAGGACAUGGUAUAAAGGCUCCCGAGUCGCAGUAUCUAUUCUGGAUAACAUAUUUGCAUCAGAAAUGCAAAAAUUGCUUGGGAAUUCACUGCAAGUGAAAGACCUUGACCCACCAGAAUCUAUAAAGGAAAUACACUCCAUGCUUUGCAAGGGAGACACUAACUUCAACAAGUCUAAUCAGGAGGCUUUUAGUGACGGCUGACUCAGCGGAGAUAAUUGCUUUGAAUUCCAUGCAUGCCUUGAUAAAAGAGCCAAAACACAAAAGGGUGUUUUUUUCCAAAGAGAUAAAUUAGCAGGAAAUUAGAAACCCAAUUAUAUCAACCAAAAUCCUUUUAAUUUGAUUCACACAAUGGGCUUCAAUUUCCUUGUUUAAUUUGGAGAUAAAAGUCUGAGUAAUUUGUAUUUUAUAUUGUAAUAGUAUAAGCAAUCAUAUCCUUUUCGGUGCUAACAUCUGGGGGAGGUUU